AUAAAACAUGAUGAAAACAAAAUAAAAGUGACAUAAACAUCACUACGUUUCAGCGUACUCAAACCGAUUUCAAUGAUUCUAUUCAUAAUUGUCGGUUUCCUACCAUAUUUACUUGGUGAGAUUGUGAGAAUUCCUCUCCACCCUUUGAAAAGAUCUGAUUCAUUGGUGGGACUUGGUGCGACUUACUUUAAGCCUUCGACGAGAAAAUGGAAGUAUGAAUGGAAUAAGCAGAAUACAUCUACACCGGAACAAUUGAUUAAUUAUGAAAACCUUCAGUAUUAUGGUGAGAUAUCAGUGGGAACUCCACCUCAAAAGUUACGAGUAUUGUUUGAUACAGGAUCCACUGACACAUGGUUAGCUUCAAGGAAGUGUUGGUUUCUUGAUAUAUUUUGUUGGAUGUUUUCAUUUUACGACAGCUCAAAAUCAUCCACUUACAGACCAAACGGUUCCAUUUAUAAUGUCCAUUAUUUAGACAGUGUGUACUCUGGAUUUUGGAGUGUGGACACUAUACGAAUAAACUCGUUGGAGAUUCGGAAUCAAGCGUUUGCUGAAGUGAGGAGUAUAUUUAAUCUCGAUUACUUAUCUGAUAAAUAUGAUGGAAUAAUUGGCAUGUCGAGUAGACAGAUGUCGAAAUAUGGGAAUAUCCCAGUAUUCCCAAAUAUACUUCAGAAUUUCCCGAAUAUGGACCCAAUAUUUUCAUUUUAUUUAAGUCAGGAAAACGGGACUUCGUUCGGUGGUGAAAUGGUACUUGGUGGUGUUAAUCCUGAAUAUUUUGAGGGAGAUUUGGAAUAUAUGCCGACCGUAAACAACAAUAUAUGGGCAGUUAGAAUGUCAAGCUUGAUGAUAAAUGAUAUUGAGUUUUGCAAUGGAUGUACUGCUUCUAUUGAUACUGGGACAUCAACGAUUAUUGGUGGAAGAGAGCAAGUGACAAGAAUCAACACAAUGCUUGGUAUUUCCUAUCAAUUUGGUAGAAGAAAUUUCCUUGACUGUAAACGAAUCGACAUGCUGCCUCCUGUCGAAUUUAUCUUUCGUAAAAAGAAGUACAUAUUGGAACCACAAGAUUAUGUUAUUAAGGAGGACUUUUGGUUUCAAACAGUGUGUUCGUCACCUUUUGACAUUGAUGAUUCUGUACCACCGAAUUUUUGGAUUCUCGGUGACGUUUUUAUGAGAAGAUUCUAUACUGUAUUCGAUUUCGGUCAGAAACGUAUUGGAUUAACUUAUGUUUUAAAUAAGAAGAAUGAAACAAGAAUUUAAUUAAACAGUAAUAUGUUGCUAAAAUAUAGAAAUUACAAUUGUGUGUUCAACAGUGAAUGAAAUAUAAAUACAAAAUUUAUAGCAAAUUUGAAUUCAAAAAAUUAUUAAGAGAUUCCUCAUACUGAGAAUUUUUCGUAGUAUCUGUCUUUUAAUUCUGUUAAUUAUUUUGCAUUUCGAAUAUGUGUUUUUAUUAGUGUACUGUCAAUGUGUUUUCUUGUUUAUCACUUACGUAUUGAACGUCUGCCUGAAUUACAUACGAGAAUAAAUAAAGAUUUGUGCCCCGAUUUGGCUCUUGUGCCAAUCCCUGUUUCAUUUGUAUGUAUAUCCGCUUACUCUGUUUACUAACACCACUGAAUUUUGUAUUGGAAUCCUUACGUAACGUGAAUAUUGUGUUUAAUAAACAAGUGGUUACACUGUACACUGUAUACGAACGAAUUUCAACAAAGUUAUGCCUUUCAAAUUUAUUAUUACGGUGUAUUGGAAUGUACAUAUCCACAACGUAAGCGCGAAACCCACAUUUGCA